UCAGCACCAUUCCCCUUCUCAUAAGCACAGCCACCACCGUCACCAAGGAGACCAUCACACCUCUAGUCAUCAUCACCAAGGUGACUGUUGUCGCAACACAUAUUAUCGCCAUCAUCGCAGAGACAACCACAGCACAGCAAGUCAUCACCAUCACCACAGUCCCGCCCAUCAUCAUGGAGAUCCCCAUAGCCACAAUCAUCACCAUGGUGACCACCACAACACUUCUCCCCAACACAAAGCCCAUGACAACACCUCCCAUCACUAUGGAAACCGACAUCAUAAAGACCAGAGCCCCAAUCAUGAUGGAGACCACCACAGUGCAUCACAUUAUCAUCACCAUGGCAACCAUCAUAGCCCUUCUCGUUGCCAUCACCAUGGAGACCACCCUGGCCAUGCUCAUCCUCAUGAAGGUCACCCCUCCCCAACACAUCACCAUGGAGACCAUCACAGUUCAGGUCACCACCACCAUAGCAACCACCAAAACAUUGAAUGUCCUACUACACCAGGUCACCAUGGAAACAAGAGCCCGACCAAUGAACUUGGAGUCCACCACAGUCCAACAAUUCAUCAUCACCAUGGAGACCACCACAGUGAACCUGAUCGGCAUCACCAUGGAGACCAUCACAGUCCAGACCAUCAUCAUCACCAUGGCAACCACCGCAGUCCAGACCAUCCGCAUCACCAUGGAGACCACCACAGUGAACCUGAUCGGCAUCACCAUGGAGACCAUCACAGUCCAGACCAGCCGCAUCACCAUGGAGACCACCAUAGUGAACCUCAUCUUCAUCACCAUGGCAACCACCACAGUCCAGACCAUCCACAUCACCAUGGGGACCACCGCAGCCCCGACCAUCAGCAUCACCAUGGAGACCACCAGAGUAAACCUCAUCUUCAUCACCAUGGAGACCACCAGACAUCAGACCAUUUGCAUCCCCAUGGAGACCACCACAAACCUCAUCUUCAUCACCAUGGAGACCACCACAGUCCAGACCAUUCACAUCACCAUGGAGACCACCAGACAUCAGACCAUUUGCAUCCCCAUGGAGACCACCACAAACCUCAUCUUCAUCACCAUGGAGACCACCACAGUCCAGACCAUUCACAUCACCAUGGAGACCACCACAGUCCAGACCAUUCACAUCACCAUGGAGACCACCACAGUUCAGACCAUUUGCAUCACCAUGGAGACCAUCACAGUCCAGAUCAUCAGCAUCACCAUGGAGACCACCACAGUCCAGACCAUUUACAUCACCAUAGAGACCACCACAGUCGAGACCAUCAGCAUCACCAUGGAGACCCCCACAGUCCAGACCAUCAGCAUCACCAUGGAGACCACCACAGUCCAGACCAUCAGCAUCACCAUGGAAAUCACCACAAUCCAGACCAUCAGCAUCACCAUGGAGAACACCACAGUAUGGACCAUCAGCAUCACCAUGGAGACCACCACAGUCCAGACCAUCAGCAUCACCAUGGAGACCACCACAGUCCAGACCAUCAGCACCACCAUAGAGACCACCACAGUCCAGACCAUCAGCACCACCAUGGAGACCACCACAGUCCAGACCAUCAGCACCACCAUGGAGACCACCACAGUUCAGAGCAUUUACAUCAUCAUGGUGACCAACAUAGCACAGGUCAUCACCAAGGACAUCACUCUGAAUCAAACAUUGAUCUUGACCAUGAUGACCUUGAUGACCACCCUCCUCAUUUAAAGGGCCAUUCUGCUGGCAGUCCCCCGUCUCACAGCAAAGCGGAUUUACCCGGGACCAACAGCAGUCCUUCCAGUCAGGACGAGGAACAGACAAGCUUCACUGGCCCAUCACCACAUAAAGAAAAGCCACAUGAACUGGGCAGAAUCAUGUUACUGCAGGAGCAUAAUGAAGGUCUGCACCAAAGUUUGCUGAAGACAGCAGUGAGGAUGGAGUGUUUAGGAGAGGAAUUCAUGAACAGCCAAAAACUUCUGGAAACAGAGCUUCAGAUGACACGUGUGGAGCUCAGCAACCUCACCGAGAGGUUUAGGAG